GGAUAUUAAAAAUACACUACAUAAGUGUCUCAAAAUGCUUUUUUUUAUGAGCAUGAUGCACCUGACCUUAUAACCAAAGGGACACAUAAAAAGCAGGGCCAAGAGGAGCAAGGUAAACAGACAAGGUGCUAAUCUAGAUGUCAUUAUGCAAUAUUGUGGUUAUCUAAUCAUAGCAGGGCCAUUCAACAGGGCCGGUAUAGUUGGGGGGAGGAAGAGAGAGAAAAAAUUGGCAUCAGGGCUGGAGCCUCCAAAAGGGGAAGGUUCAGGUACUUGUUUGAAGAUGGAAACUUUCCAAACUCCACAGGUACAGGUGAGGGGGGAGAGCAGAGGAGGACUGGCUGGGUUCAUGGCUCCACCCAUACUUGGGUACAAUCCUUCUUGUUACACCUGGUGAGGGAUAGAUAGAGAUAUAUAUAUUGGGAGGGCCCUGCAUUCUGCUACAGUCCCUUAGCAUCCUGGACAGAAGAGAAACCUUUCCACCAUCCUUGUAUCUCCAUCUGCUCCACCCUAAUCAUGAGGAAAGAAGUCUGCACCAUCGCUUUUCUCCGAGCUGUCUUUGUUGAGUUCUUAGCCACUGCGAUUUUUGUCUUUUUUGGCCUGGGUUCAGCCCUAAAGUGGCCAUCUGCCUUGCCAAGCGUUCUCCAGAUUGCGCUGGCUUUUGGCUUGGCCAUUGGCACAAUGGCACAGACUUUUGGUCACAUCAGCGGUGGUCACAUGAAUCCAGCAGUGACCAUUGCCUUUUUUAUCGGGAACCAGAUUUCUUUCUUCAGAAUGUUAUUCUACAUUGUGGCCCAGCUGGUAGGGGCCAUUGCUGGUGCAGGCGUUCUUUAUGGAGUGACUCCCACAAAUGCCCGUGGCAACUUGGCAGUCAAUGGGCUCAGCAACAACACAACUGCAGGCCAGGCUGUGGUGGUGGAGAUGAUCCUCACCUUCCAGCUUGUGAUGUGCGUUUUUGCUUCAACUGAUAGCCGCCGAAAUGACCAUGUGGGCUCCCCGGCUCUGUCUAUUGGGCUGUCUGUCACUCUGGGUCACCUGGUUGGGAUUUAUUUUACUGGCUGCUCUAUGAAUCCUGCUCGAUCUUUUGGACCUGCUGUUAUCAUGAAAAGAUUCACCUCUGCUCACUGGGUCUUCUGGGUGGGGCCAAUUGUUGGAGGCAUUGUGGCUUCUCUGCUUUACAACUACUUUCUGAUGCCACACUCAAUGAAUAUGUCUGAGAGGGUAGCCAUCGUGAAAGGUACCUACGAAUCAGAAGAAGAAUGGGAGGAGAAGGAGAAAAGCAUGGAAAUGUCCUCCCCUUGAACAAAAGACUUCUGGACAAGAAUGAUACAAUGGAUCUCACAUCUUCUGAUGCUGAACUAACAUUUGACUGUAUACUUUGUAAUCCAAAGAACACGUAGCUUCCGCUGGUGCAAAGGGUUUAAAGAGGGAGAUAUUAUGUUUGUAAAUAACUGCCGUGAACAUGUGACUGUUAUGACAUGGGGAAAACACUCCUGAAGAAAAAGCCAUUCCAACAUAGCUUUGUUUGGGGAGUGACACGUCUCAGUAGCAACACCAGAACAUGGAUGGCUAUCUGAACCUCUCAUGGCUUGCAAAGGCUUGUUCUAGAGCUGUGCCUGGGAGAUCUGAGUUUUAAUUUUUUUAACUAUAGCUGUUUGACUUCCCAAUAGAAUCCCAGAACAAAUUCCCCAGAUUUCCAUAUACUUUGAGCUUUCAGGAUUGGGAAAGCAAUGUGGCUCGAGCUUUCUAGGCUUGAACCUAUUUCAUAUGUGCAAUAAUGCUUGCCAAUAGCUUUUUAUAUGUAUAGUUCAUAGUCAACCCACUUAACAGCAUAGACAAGAACAACUCAAGGUGCGCUAAUGGAAAAGGAGAAAGACAUUUAGUAACCAUUCUGUGUCAAGGGCUGUGAUGCUUGAAUGAGAUGCCACAGGGACUCGAAGACUGAACUUAACUAGUUGCCAUUAAGUUCAUCACUGAGUCUCUGGAAGCAAUACAGUUAUGUAUCUGGGUGGAUUGUGAGAUAUUAAGGAAGCAAGCUCUCUCAGGAACUGCUGGCACCUUCUGAGUUCAGAAUUGCCUAGCAAGUUUGCUCUCACCUGAAUUCAGUCUUACCUUGAUUCAAACAAGAAUCCAGUGGAGGCAAAUCAAUUUUAAUACAUCCUACAUAGCAUGUUAAUCCUUCUGUAUAUACACCACAAUCCUAGUUUUGCUGGCCUUUGUGUUUGAGGGAGGCGGUGAAAGAAGUAGGAGGUAGUCAUGUAGGAAUGGAGUACAGCUUGAGGCUUGCUCCUGUGGCAGCAGAGGUGACAGGCCCAGGCUCUGUUUGUAUUUCAGGCAAACUUAAUGGAGUUAUGCAAAAAGGAACAUAUGACAACUGUAUCCACCUUUGGCUAGGAAGAAGGAGACAUCUGCUGUCCCAUCCCACAACUUUUUAACCUGGGCAGAGAGAUGAACAGAUUGCUGUUUUCUGCACAGCUUUUGUUUUUACUUUUUGUUAACAAAGAAUGCAACUUGUUUUGGGCCUUGGUUACUAUUGGAAUUUCUGUAACAUAUUGUAUUAUUUAUUGUCAGUAAUAAAAUAAAUCGUGCAACAAGAACAA